AUGGAAACAUACAGCGCAUAUAAUGUUGCGGUCGUGCUCUUCGCAGCUUUCGGCUCCCUCUUUGCUGGAUAUGGUCAUGCUGUCAUUGUGUCGACUGUUGUCGAGGGGCUAGGUCGGCUCAACGGCCUUCGCCUAGCAGCAGUUAUUGGCGUCAUUGGGUCAGCAAUCCAGACAGGAGCCGUCAACCAAGGCAUGUACUUGGCGGCACGUGUCAUUACUGGGGUCUCGGUUGGGCAGGUCUUCACCGCAAUGCCUACAUAUUUCUCUGAGGUGUCACCACCACAUUCGAGAGGCUUGAUGGCCGGCGCACACGGAUCUUUUGUGAACGCUGGAUAUGCCCUGGCUGCCUGGGUCGGCUUCGCGUGUUUCCAUGCCUCGGGGUCGAGUUUCGGAUGGCGCUUCCCCAACGCUGUGCUCCUGUUGUUCGCCUUGUGUGUGCUUGCUGGGACUUUCUUCAUCCCCGAAAGCCCUCGUUGGCUCUGUGCUCGUGGGCGAGACCAAGAGGCUCUCCAGAUCCUUUGCAAACUGCACCAUGACAAAAAUGAUCCCGAAGAUCAUUUCGCCCACCGCGAGCUCGGGCUGAUCAAGAAACAGCUUGACGCCGACCAGGCCGCGGUCUUAGCCGACGGCAAAUGGCAACUUUUCAGCAAGGAGACUUACCGGAAACGCAUGAUAUUGGCCUUGAUGCUAAUUAUUGGGGGCCAGAACGUUGGCGUGCUGGUGAUCAACAACUAUAAUACGCUGCUCUAUCAGUCUCUUGGACUGAGUACCUCCGAAGCGUUGAUCGUGGGAGCCGCAUACAACACUUGGGCCAUGAUUGGCAAUUUUGUUGGAGCGAUGGUUUCAGACCGCCUGGGCAGGAGGAAGGCACUGCUUGGCGGCUACAUUGCAAAUGUGGCCAUGUUCACCAUCGCUACGGCCUUGAUCGCCAAGUACGCCGAAAACAGCUCCAAGAGCUAUGCUGCUGCGGCUCUGACGUUUCUCUUCCUUUAUGUCACAGCGUAUGGUGGAGCUAUAGACCCAAACCAGUAUACUGUUUGCGCGGAGAUAUUUCCCAGUCAUCUUCGCUCGAUGGGAACCGGCCUCGCAGUAUCAGGUCUCUUCCUUGCCGACACACUAUGGCUUCAACUGGCAUCUACCGCAAUGGCCACUAUUGGAUGGAAGUACUACCUCGUCUUCCUAUGUCUGGGUGUUGUGCAUACGAUUUUCCUAUACUUUAGACUGCCCGAGACGUCUGGCCUCGCCUUGGAGGAGAUCGAUGCUCUCUUUGGCAAAGCCGCGGCGGGACACAUUCAGGACGAAGAAUUGGAGAAGAUUGCAGCUACACAUUAUGACACAAAGGUGCAUGGAAGCGAAGGGGACGCUAGGGAGGUGCAGGCCUAG